CUGUGUGUGUGAAGAUGUCUGCUCAUCUGCAGUGGAUGGUGAUCAGGAACUGCUCCAGCUUUCUCAUAAAGAGAAAUGGACAGACCUACAGCACUGAACCAAACAACCUGAAGUCCAGAAACUCCUUCCGUUUCAAUGGACUUGUGCACAGGAAGACUGUAGGAGUUGAGCCAGCUGCUGAUGGCAAAGGGAUAGUUGUUGUGCUGAAAAAGCGUGCAGGACAACGUAAACCCGUCUCUUCGUAUGAGAGGAUCACCAUAAACAAGAACUCCCGUGCUACUCUAAGUAGCUUGCGCCACAUCAUCCGUAAGAAUCGCUACAGGAAGGACCUACGUAUGGCUGCUCUGCGCCGGGCCAGUGCCAUCCUGAAGAGCCAGAAACCUGUGGUGGUCAAGAAGAAGCGUACCAGAGCUGCCAAGACUGCUUAAGUGAACUGUGAAUGGCAUCAAUAAAAUUUUGUUCAGCAAA